CAGCUCUCUCCUCCUGAGUGGAUUUUUUCGGGGCUGUGCACAUAGCCCCCAUCCCCCUCCACUCCGACAGCUUUGCUCCACCAGUUCUGUGCUGUGCCGGCCUGGAGAGAAGUAAGGGAGCGGAAAGGGGAGCGAGAAGAGAGGAUCUGGUGAACCGAGGAGAGACAGACAGGGGUGAGGGACCAUGGCUGCUCUCUCUGCCUUGUUGAAGACCUGGGUAAUACUGCAGACCUUGUGCCUGGCUCUGGCCCAAGUGAGAGGCCCACCUGGACCUCAGGGCCAGCCCGGCCCACCAGGACCUUCUGGCACCCCUGGAUCAGACGGCAUUGAUGGAGAUAAAGGACCUCCUGGGCCCCCUGGUCCACCGGGACAGAAGGGAGAACCAGGAGAACCAGGCCCUGAUGGAACUCCAGGAGAGAACGGCAUUGAUGGACUGAUCGGAGCAAAGGGAGAUCGAGGUCCUAUUGGGAGUCCCGGCCCAAAGGGUCAGCCUGGACCAAGUGGUGAGCCUGGUGCUCCUGGAGCCGGCCUUCCAGGACUGGCUGGAGCUCCAGGACCAAUCGGUCUCCCAGGUGAAAUUGGACCAAAUGGACCAAAGGGUGUCAUGGGACCACCUGGACCUCCAGGACUUCCUGGACCCCCUGGCAAACCAGGUCCUCCAGGGAAGUUCAUUGGUGGAGAAGAGGGCAGCGCAGAUUUCCAGUGUCCUCUUAACUGUCCAGCAGGACCUAAGGGCCCACAAGGACUGCAGGGAGUUAAGGGACACAAAGGACGCGCUGGUGUUCUCGGAGAUGCCGGAAGCAUCGGCAAAACGGGCAUUAAAGGAGAAGUCGGUAUCUCUGGGGAACAGGGCAUCCCAGGACCUCCGGGUCCAAUGGGUUUGAGGGGUUACCCAGGAAUGAUGGGUCCUAAAGGGGAAGCAGGACCUCGUGGUUACAAGGGCAUCACCGGACCUGUUGGAAUCCCUGGUCCUCCUGGUGAAGAAGGACCACAGGGACCACCUGGAGAGUCAGGAGACAAGGGAGACAAAGGUAGCCGAGGAAUCCAGGGCCCACAGGGUGCAGUUGGCAAGAAAGGAGAAAAUGGUCUGCCGGGUAUCGACGGAAAAGAUGGCACACCUGGUAUUCCUGGAAUCAAGGGCGCCCCUGGCCAGCCCGGUAUGCCCGGUCCUCCUGGUCCUCAGGGAGCAGCAGGACUGCCUGGCAGUCCAGGAGCAAAAGGUGGACCUGGAGCUAAGGGAGAGCCUGGGCCUAGAGGCCAUGCUGGCAUGCAAGGUGCCCCCGGACCUCUGGGUGAGCCUGGUCUUCCUGGUGAGGCUGGUAUGGAGGGAGUUCCUGGACCUAAGGGUGACAGAGGCCAGAGGGGACCAGUCGGACCCCAGGGAGGAGUCGGCAAACCUGGAAGCAAAGGAGAGAGGGGACCCACUGGUGUCCCAGGGGCCCAGGGUCUCACUGGAACUAAGGGGGACAAGGGCUUCCAAGGAAAAGGUGGAGCAAAGGGAGACGUUGGCGACCCUGGUGUUGAGGGAUUGGCUGGCGAGAAAGGUGAAAAGGGUUUGUCUGGUGAGCCCGGGCCCAAAGGACAGCAAGGAGUGAGGGGUGACCUCGGACACAACGGUCCGACUGGAGACCCAGGUAAACCAGGAGAUCAGGGACCACCAGGACUGCCCGGUCCUAGGGGACUUAAUGGAGAGCGAGGAGUACCAGGCAUGCCCGGCAUUCAGGGGUCACCGGGACGUGAUACAUCUGACCAGCAUAUUAUCGAAGUGGUGCUCAAGAUGUUGCAGGAGAGGCUCGCAGCAGUGGCAGUAAGCGCCAAGAGGGCUGUGCUUGGUGGAGCAGGUGUAAUGGGACCCCCGGGGCCACCUGGACCACCUGGGCCACCUGGUCCCCAAGGGUCACAUGGCUUGCCUGGCCCCCGUGGAAUUCCUGGAAUCAUCGGAGCCCCCGGGCAGAUUGGCAACACAGGGCUUAAAGGAAAGAGAGGAGCUAAGGGAGAAAGAGGAGAUCUGGGUAAACCCCAUCAGGGACCUCCAGGACCCCCAGGGAUACAAGGUCCUCCUGGUGUUGACGGCGUGGCUCGGGAUGGCAGGCCCGGUGAGAGUGGACCUCAGGGAGCGGCCGGAGAGGCCGGUCGUCCCGGUAAGGCGGGUCCACCAGGUCUCCCGGGCUUCUGCGAGACAGCGAUGUGUCUGGCGGCGUCAGCUUACACCUCACCCAGACUACAGGAAGCAGGAAGGAUCAAAGGACCCAAUGUUUAGAGACCUGCCUCUCCAUCAGCAGCUGGGAGAGAGGAGGGAGAGAGAAAGAAAGAAAGAGCAGGAAACGAAGGAGAGAGACCACUCUUCUGAGGCGGAUAACAUCCAGAACGAGGGGCGGGGGGGACAACAGUACGGUGACUGGAUGUAUGGCCCCCUCCUGUAUGUGACAACCUGAAGUUUUUGACUGGUGGGACAUAACUUUGAUCUUAAUCCCCCACAUCACCAUGACAACAGCAGCUCACAACCACCCACAUCCUUCUAAAUUCUCUAGUGUUUUGGAUGUUGCCAGUGCCAGUCCCAUCCACAGAUCCCAUUCCUGUUCCAGCAGUGACAGAGGAGCAGAUUUCUGUUGCAUCUCCUUGUCUCCACCUCUGUAUGUAGGAGCUGAGGACCAACCAAAUAAAAGUUGUGAAAGGUGCUUCUCUUUUACAUCGUGGUCACUUUAAAUAGUUUUAUAUAUGCAAUAUUUUGUAUGAGAUGUGUUUUAAUGCUUAAAAAAAAACCCUGCCUCUGACAACAUCACACCAAAAAGGACCAA